UCAUAAUCGCUGCUCAUUUGCAUAAUACAUGCUGUGCAAAGGGUGAAAAGAAAGUUGUUGGUAAUACCUCACACAGGUUUCAUUCAAGCAAGCAUUUGUGGUAAACAUGUCAGGACCAGAGAACAUAUCGGACGUAGAGCUCCUGUGGUACAAGGGGUUUAGGAUUCUAAACAAGGCCGUGGCCCUUGAACUACGUCAGCUGUUUCGGCGCCUGUGGAACCAGAAGCAUCCAACCAACCCAUGGCAGGAUGACCAGACCUCAGGGGAAAUCUUUUAUAAUGAUUACAAACCCAAAAGAUUAAACGGACGAUAUGACGAUAUUAUAAAAAAUGGUAAGUUAGGUGAUUGGGACAUGACAGUUCUGUGCCGAGCAUUUAUUGACUACUCCCUUAUGAAUACCAUGGACAGGAAGUACAGUACCAAUGUCCACAUCUUGAGAGACUUGCGGAACACAUAUGCUCAUAGCCCAAAUUCAUCCAGACAACAAGGAGACUAUCAGAAAGAUAUAGCUCAAAUUAGGAAGGUUUUCACGGAACUUGGUCUGAGCGAAGAAACCUUGAAUGAAGCAGAGAGCAUCACCCCAGACGAUAUAGAGCGUCGAGAGCUGCUGAGUGUAAUAGAGACCCUGAUACAGGAACAGGCAGAAUUUAGGGAGGAAGUCCGGAAAAGACUUCCCGAACAUGGUGAAGACCAACCAGAUCAACAGGACCCUUCAAUUCCUGCAUAUGAAGAAUGGUUCCGGGCAAUGACUCUUGACCAACAACAACGGAUCGUGACUGACAAGUUCAUUGGGAGGAUUGCAAAACAUGUCGGGGCAGAUUGGGAACUGAUAGCAGCAGUAAUGGACAUCUCUAGGCCCAAGCGAGAAGCUAUUGUAGCCAAACACCCAAGAUCCAUCCAGCUACAAGUUGUUGGAGCAUUCACCACAUGGAAACAGAAGAACUCACGUCAAGCUACAAUUGCAGCAUUGAUUCAAAUCUUGUGUCAGUGCAAUGAGCGGUGUACCAUCGACUGGGACGAUAUCGAGGACGUGGUGAUGGGGGAUUAGUGAUGGGGAUUGGUGACUGUCUCUAUAACAAUGAAGACUGUAAGGACAUAUAACAUUUAUGGAUAACAAGUUCUUCUUUCUAAUAAUACUACAGAGCUACUUCUUGUCACUUUACAUUCAGCUGAUGUAGGUGCAAAAUAUAGUCGUUAUAAAGAAGUUGAAGAAGGUGGUAAGGGGGAUUGGUAACCGUCUUUAUGACAGUGAAGACUUUAAGGACAUAUGACAUUUAUGGAUAACAUGUUCUUCUUUCUAAUGAUACCACAGGGCUACUUCUUGUCCCUUUACAUUCAACUGAUGUAGGUGCAAAAUAUACUCGUUAUAAAGAAGCUGUCAUAAAAGUUAUAAAGAUGUUGUCAUAAAAGUGUUUUCUUACUUCUUGUAACCAACCAAAAGACUAUGAAGCCGAUGUUAUAAUCAUGUGUGCACUAUAUGUGCAAUUGAUCUGUAAAUGACGAGCAUAUAUAUCGAGCUAUCCGUUGUUGGGGUAUGAAUGGUACCUUCAAAUUAAACAGUUUUAUAUCUGUG